GUCUCUUGUCCUUCUUCAGCUAUUUUAUUACUUUUGUAGAUAAGCCCAACACAGCACAUGAGAUCAAGAGUCCCAGAGUCUGAUGCUUUAGACUUACCGUAAGACCGAACUUUUGGUGUGUUAGCGAAUUGGGUUCCGUGCAUUUAUUGUUCUAUAUCAUGUACAGAUCUAUUGGGGAGCUACUAAUAGUUUGGUGCAGGUUACUAGCAUUCGGAAGUACCGGCAAAAUGACAUAUAGCUUGAAAAAAAAGUGCAUCCGAUGUGAUGACUGCGGCAUCGUCCAUGGCCUGAUUGCUCGCAUUGUGGGUGGUUACAUCGCUGCGGCCGAAGAGCGAAGUACAGCAAGUCAACUAAUCGAGCUAUGCCGCAGAUUCUGCAACAUGGCAUCCAUUGGAAAUCCUUGAACUUACAGAACAAGCGCCUUCAUUAGAUCUCUGGCUUGAAUGAUUAUUCCUGUUCUUUAUUUCUAUAUUGUAUCAUCACAGUCGUGAAGGGCAUGACACGACGUGACAAGGGACAGGACUCCCAGGCAUUUCAUAGAUAGACAGUCUCUACUUCAGUGAUCAAUCUAAG